AUGCAUGCUUGGAGAAAGCAUAAAGGAAACCCAAAUCCAGUUUGGGAAGAGCUUCCUUUACCCUCAACCCCUGCCACGGGUUUUCUAGUCAAGCUACUAGCAUCCGGAGUGUGUCACAGUGAUCAACCCCUUUUAGACAUUGAAGACCGGCCGCAGUUUGAUGAGCAGUAUACACUUGGCCAUGAAGGAUGCGGAGAGAUUAUACAAAUAGGUGAAGGAGUCACCGAUGAACGGUUCAAACUGGGAGAUCGAGUGGCUCUCAUUGCAGUCCCCGGAUGCGGGCUAGACACCUGCUCUGAAUGCUCGAGGGAUCUGGCACAACUCUGUCCGGCUGGAAUGCACCACGGGAUUGGACAAGACGGGUUCUAUGCUGAGUAUGUUGCGGUUGAUGUUCGCGCCGCGAUCCCAUUGCCUGAUGGUGUUGACCCAGCCGUCGCUGCAGUCGCUACUGAUGCUGUCACUACUGCUUAUCAUGGUAUUACUCGCCGCGCUGAGGUCAAGAAGGAAGAAACUACUUUUCUUUUUGGACUUGGGGGCCUUGGAUUCAAUGCGCUCCAGAUUGUGCGCGCUAUUGGUGCGAGGGUCAUUGUUUCCGAUCUGCGACAAGAAAAACUGGAUGCCGCUCUGAAUUUGGGUGUCCCAGCGGAAGAUAUCGUUCCAGUUGGGAAAUCGGUGCAAGACUUUGUUAAGGAAAAUGGGUUGCAGGGGAAGAUUGAUACUGUACUUGAAUUUGUGGGCAGCAACCAGACUAACCAGGACGCACAACAGAUUGUGCGUCCGGGAGGAAAGAUCCUAUGUGUUGGCACUCUUGAUCUCAUCAAUGGAUUAGACAUGAAGAUCGGAAUUCGGAAGAGACUAAGCAUUAUCUUCACAUACGGUGGACAGUACCGAGAUCUAGUAGAGGUGCUUGAGUUGAUUGCCAAGGGAGUCAUUCAGCCUCAGGUAGAAUUAGGCAAGUUGCAGGAUUUCCCGCGGGUUCUCAAAGAAUUGGGAGAGGGCAAGAUCAAGGAUCGGAUAGCAUUAGUGUCGGAUCUUGUAUGA